AUGGAUCUUUGCUUGACCAUCAAAGGUGUCUCCUUCCUCUUCCAGACUGGAAUGGGCAUUUUGGGGAACUCUGCUGUCCUUUUGGCCUAUGCCCAUAUUAUCUACUCUGAGCCCAAACUUCUCCCUGUGGACAUGAUACUCUGCCACCUUGUCUUUGCCAACCUUUUACUGCUCCUUACUCGUGGUGUACCCCAAACCAUGACUGUGUUUGGCCUUAGAGACCUUCUAAAUGACGCUAGCUGCAAGGUGGUGAUCUAUGCCUACAGAAUCGGCCGUGCCUUAUCAGUCUGCAUCACUUGUAUGUUGAGUGUGUUCCAAGCUGUAACCAUAGCCCCAGCUGGCCCUUGUCUUUCCAGGUUAAAACUAGCUCUACCCUCUCUUGUACUUCCCACAUUUGCAGGUUUAUGGUUCUUAAACAUGGCUAUUUGCAUUGCUGCUCCAUUUUUCUCUAUGGCACCACGAAACGGCACUGUCCCCGCCUUUACUCUCAAUCUGGGCUUCUGCCAUGUUGAUUUCAGAGACAAUCUAUCCUAUGUUAUAAAUGGCAUAGCAGUAUCUGGGAGGGAUUUUGCCUUUGUUGCACUCAUGUUAGCGUCAAGUGGAUACAUCCUACUUCUCCUCCACCGCCACAGUCGUCAGGUUAGGGGCAUCCGGCGCACUCAAGGUGGGGAAACCAGAGCAGCCAAAACUGUGGUGACUUUGGUAGUACUCUAUGCAGUUUUCUUUGGAAUAGAUAAUGUCAUAUGGAUCUACAUGCUGACUGUGCCACAGGUGUCACCAGUAGUGGCUGAUAUGAGGGUGUUUUUUUCCUCCUGUUAUGCCUCUCUGAGUCCAUACUUUAUUAUUUCAUCAAACAAGAAAGUUAAGACCAAAAUUGUAUGUGCAGCAGAGCAAGAACAACCAUCCGGCAGCACAAAAGAGUCUAGAGAAGUGACAAUUAGUAAAUAA